UUCAUCGUUUUAGUUUUGGUUUUAGCGUUGAGCCGCGAAUAACUCGGGUUUCGAUUCGCAUUACGUUAAUGUGUUGUCUUUUUUUCCACUCUUUUUGUUUCUUUCGAGCGAAUUGUUUAUCCGAGUGUUAUUUUUUCGCCUCGUCUUCGACCUGUUUACCAUUUUAACGCGCUGACUGGAGUAAUUUCGUGUUGAAAUUCGAUUAAGAGAGAUGCUCGUCGUGAUUGAGAGCGCUUAAUUUCGGUUCGAGAUGUGUUCAAAAUGCAUGGUAAUGCGAUUCGCGACGAGAGAUGUUUGAUUAAAAUAUAAUUUCGCACGUCGUGUCGAGUAUGUUUUUGUAAAUUGAUAUUUGGCCGUAUUCAAAAUGCCCGUCUUCUCCGAUUACAAUAAUUUAUCGUCGUACUCGUCCGCUUAUUAUUAUUCGCCGUAUAGUUUAUCGGCUCGUAUGUCCAAUGCUCUAUAUUCGUCGCCUGUCAUCCCAUCCACUGCCAGCUCAUCUCAUCUAUACUCCAGCCCAGCAUCUGCGACGAGGGGGUAUUACCAUCCGGCCAGACCUAUAUCCAUCGACACAGCCAACAUCGACGUCUCAUCGUCCCAAUUACCACUUCGUAAAACAAACACGCCGAGCACAGCUUCCUAUGGAACGAUUCACAGAGGCAGAACGGUUGUCAGAUUGAAAAUGUCCAACAUGAAAGACAAUCCAGCCCUGCUGAGGCAAAAGUCACCAGGUAGGAGAUUAGUGGAGAAGUUCACCAUUCCUGAUAAAUCGUCGAAUGCCAGAGAACCGGUGAAAAUAGCCAGCAGUGCUCCGAUUCGCAGACAUAUAUCGACCAAUCGUCGUAAACCGAGCUUGAUCACCGAAGAUGGUAUCCUGAUCCCGGCCAGUAGAAAGAGCUCGGUUACCGACGAACUGCUCAAGGAAGAAGCGGCCAUAUUCGAUAGUCUUAUCAUGGAGGAGAUCGCCAGGACGAAUGGAGUACCAGAUCGUCGUAAUAGUUUCGAUUGCUUGCAAACUAGUUCGAUUAAACCGAAGAAAAAGAGUAAUAAGAGACAUUCGGUCGAUUUCAGCGAAAUGAACGGAGGCGUUCGUUGCUCAGAAUCUUUAUGCAAUUUUAUUGAAAAAUUAAACGCUCAAGUUGCCAGAUCUCCGAGUGUAGAUGAAAGUGUACCAGCUGUAUCGGUUACCAAAGCUGCCAGCGAUAUCGAUAAGGAAAUUAAACCAACGACGAUCAGUUCAGAAGCCUCCAAAGAUGAUGCUAAUACUCUGGGCAAGAAGCUAAAUUACGACGUUAUUAUCGAAGAGUCGCCGGAAAGAUCUCCAGAGACGACGGUCACAUUCGUUUUGAAAAAACCCGAAAAGAAAGAAGACCCUGCUCGAGUCGAAGAAGACCAAAAUCUAAACAAACAAACCGGAAAGAAAGUUAAACUGAAGAAAAAAGCUGUCGAAACGUUAUCCGAGCAGAUAACAUUGAAUAAGAAAAUACUCAAAGAUACCAAACCCGAAGACCCUGUUAAAAAACUAGCUCCAAAAAUCGAACCAAAGAAAUUCGAACAACCUAAAACUAUCGUCUCAAAAUUGGAAAUAACUAAAAGCAAAACUUCUCCGGCCAUUGCUCCCCAAUCAGUCCUAAGGAAGGAACUCGACCCGCCCAAGUUUCCUCAAAAAAUCGAGUUAAACAAAAGCAGCUCUGUAGCUUUGAUUAGCGAUGUACCCGCUCAAGUGACCGUCGACCCUCCUAAACCAGUCCGUGUCAUUGAACUGAGCAAAAGCAGCAAAGCUUUGAUCGACUCGAACGAAUCUGUACCAAAAGUAGAACCAGCCAAAGCCAAAUUACCAGCUCAACCGAAAAAAAUAGUAGAAAAAGUGGCUGCGAAAACUGUUUCGAAAAAUGAUCUGCAAAAAAGUGCCACCGACGUGACUCUGACUAAAAAAUCUCCGAAUAAAACAAACGCUCAAGUGAAACUGGUCAAGAAGAAGGUUUCCGCCGAAAAAGAUGCGAAUGCGACAGAAGAAGUGGCCAAAAUUGCUACCAAAGUUGUGAAGAAAUCCACCAAGAAGAAGAUCUCGAAUAAAUCCGUCAAGGUGAGCACGAAAUCGACGGAUAAAAAUAAUAAUAAGAUAUCGAAGAAGAAAUCUGCCGCCAAAGUGACCGACGAUGUUGCCCCUGCUCAAAAUGGUACCAGCGAAACUACCAUCCCUGAUGAGAGUCAACCGGUGUCUCCGAGAAGAAAACGAUCCAUUAAUUGGAAAAUGGUCGAUGUUGGCAAAACUGACUUGGAAGAAGAAGAAGAGAUCGCCGAAAUUAACGGAUGGUUCCCGACCGAAGAAAGCGAAAGUGAAGAGUCGGAGGAGGAAGAAUCGGAUGAAGAGACGGAUUCUGAUGAAGAUAGCGACGAUUCCGGCUCAUCUUCGGUAUCUCCAUCUCGUAACUCGAGUAACCAAGAACUGAAUCUGGAAAGUAUCAGCCUGGAUGGUAACAGCAGCAGCAGUACUCCCCGAAGACCGUAUUCUUGCCGUCAUAAAAUCGUUCACGAGUUCGAAGGACGUAUCGUCGCUCCAGCAUCGACGAUCCCGAGAUUCAAGAAAUACACCGUUUACGAUUUCAAUUUCCUCAAAGUUCUCGGUAAAGGUAGUUUUGGAAAGGUGCUGUUGGCGGAGCUCAAAGGAACCGAGUAUUAUUACGCUGUAAAGUGUCUAAAAAAAGAUGUAGUUUUGGAAGACGACGACGUCGAAUGUACGCUAAUCGAACGUAAAGUUUUAACAUUGAGUACCAAGCAUCCGUAUCUGUGUCAUUUGUUUUGUACAUUUCAAACUCAAUCACAUUUGUUUUUCGUUAUGGAGUACCUGAAUGGAGGUGAUUUGAUGUUCCAUAUUCAGCAAUCGGGUCGAUUCGACGAAGGUCGGGCUAGAUUUUAUGCUGCCGAGAUUGUCUCAGGAUUGAGAUUCCUUCACAAGAAGGGAAUCGUGUACAGAGACUUGAAACUAGAUAAUAUUCUGUUAGACUGCAACGGACACGUUAGAAUCGCCGAUUUCGGAAUGUGCAAACUUCAGAUAUAUUUAGACAAAACGGCCGAUACGUUUUGCGGAACUCCUGAUUAUAUGGCGCCCGAAAUAAUCAAAGGCAUGAAAUACAACCAAUGUGUGGAUUGGUGGUCGUUUGGAAUCCUUUUAUACGAAAUGGUCGUGGGCCAGUCUCCUUUCAGCGGUUGUGAUGAAGACCAGCUAUUCUGGAGUAUUUGCAACGAACAACCUCAAUAUCCUCGUUUCCUUUCAACUCACGCUAAAUCUAUAUUAGUCUCAUUACUAGAAAAAGAAUCGCCGAAACGAUUAGGAUCAUUGGGAUGUAAUUCCGGAGACGAUGUAAUGGCUCAUGAUUUUUUCAAAGGCUUAGAAUGGGGUCGAUUAGAACGUAAAGACUUAGAACCUCCUUAUAAACCCAAAGUGUUUCAUCCUUUGGAUACUCACUAUUUCGAUCGAACGUUCACCAAAGAGAAACCUCGAUUGACUCCUAUUGAGAAGACAAUCCUCCAAUCGAUGGAUCAAACUCAAUUUAACGGAUUCAGUUACACGAAUCCAAAUGCAACGGAUUGCUGAUCGAUUAUGCAACGCAGGAAGAGUCAAGAAGUCAGGUACAAUGAGAUAUAAUUCAGCUUGGGUUCCUGGUGGCGGAUGACAAAUGUGAUUUCUUUUUUCUUAAGUUGAUAUUUUAAGUAGUCCUGGAGUUGAGGAUGGUACGCUUGAUUUUAAUAUUUUACUCGAUGAUGGGUUACCUACCUACCAUUUUUAUGUACUCGAUGGCGGAAAGAACUAUAGACUGAUUGUUGUUGUUUUUGUUGAGAUUGGUCUGAGGUACCUACGAUUGAUUUAAAUAGGAAGAGAAAGUAAAGAGAUGUGAACUGGGGGUUCCCUAAAAAUAUAACUUAAUGUAUUAAAAAGAAGAAGAGUAAUGUUCGAAGGACAAAAAAAAUAUGUGAUGCGAGACUUAAUAUUUUGUAUUGUUACUAUUUUUCUUGUUAACAAAAUAUAAUUUUUUAUAUA